GGUACGGGACCGCAUUCCACAAUGUGGCAGCGAGGCACCAGGGGACGGACGUCCGCUCUUUAGUCAACAGCCUUGGUGUUCCGCUGAUAUCAGGCGUUCAUUGCGGGUCCUUUUAACACCUGUCACAAAUGUCGAUUUUCAGUAGGCCUAUGCCGUUUCAUAUUGUCUGAAUGCCUGUCUCAAUUAGAGCUCAUGUGGAUCCGUGAAACAUGCCUUUUACGCUGAAUUUGUUCAUGAUCCUAAAUUUAGUCUGGAGCUCGGAGACCAAGUGCUCCCCGACCACUUUUUAUAAAAACUGCUGGAUUAGACGCUUCCCCGGCAUUUUCAUCGAUAUCGACGAGUCCCAGCGCAGAGGCGCGCAGCUUCUUAAGUUUUACCAGGAGGAAACGGCAUUGAAAUGCAGCCGGACCUGUUGCCUCACAAGAAACUUCUCCUGUAACCUGGCCAUGUUCCACUAUGACACCGUGCAGGAGAGUGUUAACUGCUUCCACCUGCACUGCCCCACUUUGGAGAGCUGCAUCCCAAGGCACAGGGGCAAUGUCAUCCUCUACAACAUCAGUGCAGGUGUGGACCCUGACCUGCUGGUUUUUGGGAAGUAUUUCCCAUCCAAUGUACGUGUCUGGCCUCACCUGUCCUCCAGGCCCAACUCCUCAGACCUCCUGGCUUCGGAUAAGCGCCAGUUCAACCGCCCAGCUGUGUCUCCUGUCCAGAAGCAAACCACCUUGUCCCCAAAAGGGGGAUUGACCUCACCCAAGAACUCUAACAAGGUUAUAUCUGGUUCCUCCUUUGUUACUUUCCCAUCAUCACCUGUCAUGACCACCUCCACCUCUCCUGAACAAGCUUUGAGGAGCAGCUCCACCCACUCUACCCUAUCCACCAUGAUUGCCUCUACCUCUGUCACCCCUGUUAACUCCACACCCCUACCAAUCACAACCAGUUCAACCUUCAUGAACUCCAUUCUUCCACCAGUCACAACUAGUACUUCCUCCAUUAUGUCCACAAUCUCUCCAAUUCCAAGUUCCACCUCCACCCAGCCACUAGCUAUGACUAAUUCUACCUUAUUCAACUCCACAUCCCCACUAAAUACAAGCAAGCCCACCAUCUUCCAUUCUACCCCACCAUCCUCUAUAAAUAUAUACUCCUCCGUCAACUCCACAGCCCCACCAGUUACAAACAAACCCAGCUCUUUUAAGUCAAACUCACCACCAGUCAUAACCGAGCCCAGCUUGCUCAACUCCACAGCCCUACCAGUUAUGACUAAUUCUAAUUCCUUUACCUCUACCCCACCAGCAUUAACAGCCAGACCCACCUUGCUCAACUCCACAGCCUUACCAAUUAUAACCAACCCCAUUUCCUUCAACUCUACCCCAUCACCAGUCAUAACCAGCCCCACCUCUACCAAAUCCAUACCCCUGUCAAUGAAAACCAAGCCCACCCCCAUCAAAUCCAUAUCCUCAACAGUCACAACUGGGCUCAGUUCCAUUAACUCCACACAUUCACCAGCAAAAGUUAGACCUAUAACUGCUACACCAGCACCUCAAGUCAUCAUGGUCAAAUCAACUUUCUCUCCUUCCAAAGCUCCAGCCAUCAUGAUACACUCUUCCUACACCAAAGACACACCCUUGCAUUCCACGAUUGGCCCCAUUACCUCCAUCACCCCACCCACUGUGGUGAUCACACCAACCAUUAAAACACCAUCAUCUACUUUGGCCAGCAUUGCCCAUGCAACUCCCCCCUCCUCUCUCAUGUCCAAGUCCAGCUCUGCCUUGACAAGCCCCAUAUCCUCUCAUAUGACCAGAUCUACACCUGUCACCUCCACUUCUCCACUAAAAAUGACCAUCGAUGUCCAAACCACUAUUUUGGCCCUGUAUACCAACAGCACUGGGGGUAACCAUACCACCCACAGCCAGUCCUCUGCCAUUCCACGGUAUCCUGGCCCCCUUCUACUCCCCACAAGCACUCAUGCUCAUUCCAUUCCUGCUGGUCCUGCCAACAUUGACAGUGGCAAACAGUAUCCCAAUGAUACCAAAGGAUAUGUCAGCAGGAACCACACUGAGGUGGAGGUGGGUAGUGGUAAGCCCAACACAGUGACUCCAACCUGGCAUAUUGCAGUCAAAGCUCUUCUGGUCCCAAUAGUGGUCGUCAGUGCUGUCUUACUGACCUGCUGCUGUACCACCUUGAUGGCCAUCAACUGGAGGGGCAAGAGAAAGGGACACUACAGGACAUCCUGGGGCAAAAAGAAGGGCUCCAUGCAACUUGUCAAGUAUGUGAUCAUCAGGGAGAGGUUUUGAGCAGGCAUGUGGGUGUGGAUGGUCUGAAACCAGCGACAGUGGAGGUCUUGGGUGCUUGGAAGAUAUGGCAGAUUUCAGGUGAUUUUUUUUCUAUUGAAGAAUGCAGAAGACUGCAAGAGAUUAAACUGAAGGGUCUGGCAGAUGCGUGAUUCGCCUACAGUUGGGAGACACUGCAGCAGUUUGGUUUCAGGAAAUGCUGCACACUUUGAUUGUUCUCCACCAUCUGGGACUGCAGUUGGAGUUAACUGCUCCCUUGAAGACCAUCAUAUAAGCAGGGGUUUAAAGCUCGCCAGCCAGAGGUGACUCCAGUAUUAGCCUGCAUUGGCGAGGUCUCCGUUGCCACGUUUCUUACAACAGAUUCAUAAUGAAGUUUUUUUAUGAAGCAAUUUUCAAAGGAAUUUAAAAUAAUGAGAGAGCAAAGAUUCUUAGGGUUCCCAUAGUAAUAUGAUCUGAAUGGUCUUUCACUGUGGAAAUGAUUCAGCCUAAAGGCAUUAUUUAUAAGGAGGUCAUGGUUUUAUAAUCUUAAUGGUUUAAUAACGAAGUUCCACAUUUUGGAGCAUGAAGCUACCAUGCAGGUCACACCAAUGGAAGACCACGGCAAACUGAGGCCAAAGUCAAAGAUCCACAGCACUUAGCUUCACAUGGGGUAGAAACAGCUUUGCCUUGAUUUUUUCCUUUAACUCAUCAAAAUAAUCGUUAAAAGUGACUUUUUUUUUUUUUUUUACUUACCUUGCUUUGAUCCACUAGUUACCUCUCUAAGAAUAAAUGUGUAUAUUUUCUACU